AUGGCCACUAGACCUCCCCUUUCGCCUCCGGUGAACGAGACGGAGCAUUCCGUCAGCCGGAUUACUCGUGAAGGCAAAAGGAUCACAUACAAGCUCAAUGUUAUGCAACAGCCUGAACGUGCAAGAGCAUGCGGUGCCGGCGCCAAAUCAUCUGCGGACCGCCGCCCUGUUGAUCCCCCACCGGUUGUCGAGUUGCGUAUCUUCGAGUCCGAUCCGAACGAUGACGUACACAAGACAGAUAUCACCUUCGCCUACAACGCCAAUUUCUUCCUGUUUGCUACGCUAGAAACAGCUCGCCCCAUGGCGCAAGGACGGCUUGCCCCGACCCCAACGUUUCCCGUCCUCACAGGUGUCCCGGUGGCGGGAGUGGCAUACUUGGAUCGUCCGUCUCAGGCUGGAUACUUCAUCUUCCCCGACCUUUCCGUCCGGCAUGAGGGUAUCUAUCGGUUGAGUUUCCAUUUGUACGAGGAGACCAAGGACAGCAAGGAUGCGGAUGAAAGUGCACCAAUUCGGUCACCUAUGAUGAAGGGGAAGCCCUCGAUUCCUAAAUCGUUCUUAAACUUCCGUCUCGAAGUCGUCUCGGUCCCGUUCACGGUUUUCAGUGCCAAGAAGUUCCCCGGUCUGACCACCAGCACUUCCUUGAGCCGGAUCAUUGCAGAACAAGGUUGCCGGGUCCGUAUCAGGCGCGACGUCCGUAUGAGACGACGUGGCGACAAGCGAUCUGACGACUACGACUUUGAUGAGGAACGCUCCCACCGCGGCCGUAUUCCGGAUCGGUAUUCAACCCCUGACGCCUACGCAAACCCUGUUGAGCGUCCACGAUCGACCAGCAUUGGGUCCGUGGACCCUGCUUUCUCCUAUGGGCCUGAGGCUUCUCGUCGGCCAUCCGCCACGGAGUACGGCUUCUCAAAUCCUCAAGCUUAUCCACGAGCGAUCCCGCCGGCGCCUGCUCCUGCACCACCGUCCUCUUCUACACCCACUCCAGUUGCGCCCAUCGCGCCUUCUCGCAGUUCCUCUUACACUUCGCAUCUUUCAUUCGGCGCGACGCGGACUCAGUAUCCAGCCCCGCAGCUACCUGGCACUCCUCAGUCCGCAACCACGCCAACCCAGGUUUAUUCUCCUCAUCCCACUUAUACUCACGCGAGGAACCCGUCAACAAGCACUGAAUACGAGCCGAUGCCCUCUGGCUAUCCUCCCUCCCGAUUGCCGGCGGAGCGCUCUACCUACUCGAAGCCCUUGCCGCCUAUCCGCGUACUGCAUCAUUCAGAUCCUACCACAUAUCGAGCCAUGGCCAAUCCUGUGCCACCUCGCGCUCAAACUCCCUCCAACGCCGCUCCUUCACUUCCGCCCAUCGCCUCCAUCUCCGCCGAAUACUCGAAUAAUUUGCCGCAGCCACCGAGCAAUCUGGCGCCUAGUCCGAACCGAGAACCCAGGGGAUUCUUGUGGGACACCCGCGCGGCAGCCUCGUCGAAGCGACCUCAUGAGGAUGCGUUUAGUCAUAGCGAGCGCCCACUCUACAAUGGCAUGCGGCCCGAUAACGACAGCUACCCCAGCGCGGACCGCAGGCCGUCGGAUGUUCACCGGGCGACGCUACUCAGCGACCGGGACGAAAUGGCAUACAAGCGGGCCAACGGGCGGAUGGCCACCAAAAUAUCUCCGGCCAUCUAA